AUGACUACUGUUCUCGAUGUAUUAGGCGGCAUAAGUGCCGUCGUACAGAUUUUACAGACAGCUAUUGAGAUAGCCGAUAGGAUAAAGCAUGCCAAGGAUAAGAAAAGUCUCUUUAUGAUCCUCAAUCAGAAUCACAAGGAGGUCACCUCACUCAAAGAUAUUGUAAUGGUUGUCAAAGAAGAGCAGUCUCUCCACACAAAGGACAUAAUGGCAGAACUUGCGAAUAUAAGUACUUUGGCUGAGGAGCUUGAGGAUAUGCUGAGAGUCAUGGAAGACAAGGGUUUCAUUGGCCGAUUCAUACAUGGGAAAGAUCACAAAGCAGAGGUUGGCCGCUUGACGGGCAACAUUGCGGGGACCAAACUUACUUUGACGAUGAAAAUUCAAAAUGCGCAUGUUGGCAUAACUGUCUUGGCGAACCGGAAGCUGGUGGUUCAGAUGGAGAAGAUUGAAGCUGUGGAUGCAAAUCUGAAGAGCCUGAUUAACGGGUUCGAAGGUUUGUUCAUUGCGAUACUGAUGAAAGACAGAGAGCUCAACGCCGAUGGUACAGUGUCAAUCGAUGACUCAGACUUUCAGUCACUCGGACUAGAAACGUCAGACAAUAACCCCUACUACGAUGGGUCUCGCCUAAUUGACAACAAUCUUGCUCUCGACCAGGCACUCAUGAUCAAUGGGACUAUAGGAACUGAAGGGUUUAUUGAGCCAAAAGAUGUUAGAAUAUUCAACAACACGGCUCGGAACCAGGCGACGAUGAUCAAUGCUUCUAUAUCUGAGAAGACAUGGGCAGAAAGCAGAGAUGAUCGACGGGAUAUCAUUAAACUGAUGGCCGCCCAUGGUGCCCUUGAGAAGGGAGAGCUGAAAGGUCCGAAGCUCGAAAUGCCGUGA